UCCAGUUCUUGCGUUUCGUGAGGCGGUCGGUGCCGUCUCGUGGGGUGGACACUCCCGUGUGGUUCAUUUCCUGUCUUUUCCUUGUGGUCCGUCAGCGAUUAAGCGCUGACUAAUUUGACUUGUAGCUUAGAUAACCAGCAUCUGCAUGUGAUGAAUCGCUUGUUAUGCAUUACGCGAGGUUAACGUAUGGUUCCUACCACAGUGCUUUGUUGUCAUCGUGUUGGAGGAUAUAACGAACUUGCCCUUUUCCGCCAGCUGACGUGACAUGCACUGGUGACUCGGUUAUGUUCAGCAGGACUAAAGGAAGCGCGUUAUGGAAACCUAAGAAGGUGCAUUCUCUUGGAUAUCUGAAAUAUCUUUACUCCGUAUUACAAAAGAAUGCAACUGUCAACGAGCAAAAUUCCGAAAUCGUGGUUGAAGCAGUCCGUCUUAUUGCAGAGAUCCUGAUUUGGGGCGAUCAAAAUGAUAGUAGUGUGAUGGAUUUCUUUUUGGAAAAGAAUUUAUUGGAAUUUUUUUUCAAUGUGAUAAAGAAGAAACCUCCACGUGCCGUUUGCGUGCAAAUACUUCAGACAUUAAAUAUUCUUUUUGAAAACAUAUCAAACAAAACCGCUGUUUAUUAUCUACUAUCCAACAACCAUACUAAUGAAAUUAUCACACAUCGGUUCGAUUUCUCAGAUGAAGAAGUUGUCGCGUAUUAUAUCUCAUUUCUCAAAACACUUUCCCUUCGGAUCGAUUCCCAUACCAUCAAUUUCUUCUAUCUAGAGCAGCGCCGAGAAUUUGAUCUGUAUGUCGAAGCGAUCAAACUGUUUUGUCAUCCGGAAAGCAUGGUUCGGAUUGCCGUACGAACUAUCACCCUAAACAUUCAUCGUGUAAAGGAUGAAAGCGCUCUGGAGUUUCUUCAUCAUCAGACUUCCUUACCCUAUUUUUCAUACCUAGUCUGGUCUGUGGGUACUACAGCUUUGGAUAUUGAUGAUUUACUUCGACCCGAUCUCAGUUCUCAGAGUCAAUCGAAGUUGGAAGACUUGCUUGCGGAGCACAUUGAUCACUUGCACUACAUAAACGAUCUUCUUUCCCUGGGCAUUGAAGGAAUUAACGAGGUUUUGUGUGACCAGAUUCUGCAUCGGCUUCUCAUCCCCUUGUACGUGUAUUCACUGACCAAGCGACAUAAAGCUUCAGUGCAUGAGGCAACAUGUGUACGAAGGCCUCAUGUGACACGACCCGUGGCAACUUUUUUGCUCACUCACGUUUUUGUGAUCCUACACCACGUUGAUAUUGUUCGUGUGUUAACGGAGUCUAUUUUUCUUGGUGAUCCGAGCCUCACUGACGUCGUACCUUUGGUCUCAGUCGACAUGGAUGAUCCACGCUGGGAGAGCAAAGGUGUUGUCGCCUCGGAUUGUUCGGGUGAUCCUCGUGAUCCUUUUCAAGUGAGCGACGCGGAUGAACAUUAUGGCUCUUCACAAGUCGAUCCGGUUUUGUCAAUCGCCGAAUCUCUUAUAGUUUCCACAAAAUGUAUCCGCAGCGCCCGAAUUGCACCAGCGGGCUCUCGCUUGGGAGCUUAUCUCCAGCUUGCUAAUGGAUCAUCGCUCCGUCGACCCGAAUUCGCACAACCUCAUGAACCAUUGGAAGCUAGUCUACGCAGCAGCAAAAGUGUCACACCGGCACUGUUACGCAGCAUUUGGCCCACUUCUUUAUCCCCGCUAAAUCUGACCGCUCGAAAACAUUCCACUCAGGUAAAUUUGAUUUUCACUCAAUAUUCACAACAUUGUGAUCCACCAUAUACUCGUAGUAUCAUCAUCACUGAGCAUCUGGGUGAUCUUUUCUCUUCUUCGUGCGCUUGCUUGGUAUCUGUGUUCAUCCACUUAGGUCGUGCUACUGGUCCCUCCAGCCUCUUUUUAUUUGUACCUUAGUUGUGUCAUGUGUCUGUGGUUUGACUUCGGCAACCAGACAUUACUUGAGGAAUCAUCCUACAGCUCUUUGAUAUUACUGUUUCCUCGAUCCCAUACUGGGGAUCGAACCCAAUGACCGCUAGUGGCUGACGCCAACUAGCUGCUCUACUCGUGGUUUUUGAAUAAAUACUUUAUUUACCAGUUGC